CAGAGGCACGGACCGCCCUGCCCCUAGGGGGCCUGUCCCUGUGACGCUCCCUCGCUUCCCCAGCUAUAAGGGUGUGGACCCGGGCCCUUCCCCAGUCCCGCGCCUGGCAGAGCUCAGCGCAGAGCAGCCGCCUUUCGCCAUGGAGCAGCUGAGCACAGCGAACACCGCCUUCGCGCUAGACCUUUUCCUCUUCCUGUGUAAAAGCAAACCUACGGGGAACGUCUUCAUCUCACCCUACAGCAUCUCAUCGGCCAUGGGCAUGAUCUUUCUGGGGACCCGAGGCGACACAGCAGCACAGAUCUCCAAGGCUCUUCAUUUUGAUACAGUUAAGGACGUUCAUUCAAGUUUUCAGAACCUGAAUGCAAAACUCAAUAAACGUGGAGCCUCAUAUGUUCUGAAACUUGCUAACAGAUUAUAUGGCGAGAAAACCUAUGCGCUCCUCCCGGAAUUCUUGGCAUCAACUAAGAAAAUGUAUGGUGCAGAAAUGGUCAGUGUGGAUUUUCAGAGUGAUGCUGAAAACACAAGAAAGACAAUAAACAAGUGGGUGAAAGAAGAGACAGAAGGGAAAAUUCCAGAACUGUUGGCUCCAGGUGUGAUUGACGACACGAGUAAACUUGUGCUAGUGAAUGCCAUCUACUUCAAGGGAAUAUGGCAGGAGAAAUUCCUGAAAAAUGACACAACUGAGGUUCCAUUCAGACUGAAUAAGAAAGACACAAAGGUUGUGAAGAUGAUGUCUCAGAAAGCAAGAUUUCCGUACGGCUACAUCAAGGACCUUAAGUGUCAGGUGCUGGAGUUGCCUUACCAAGAAGGGAAGGUCAGCAUGAUUAUUCUGCUGCCUGAGGAAAUCAAGGACGACACCACAGGCCUGGAGGAGAUUGAGAAACAACUGACUUUGGAAAAACUGCGAGAGUGGACUGAUAAUCUGGAGACCAUCGAGGUCAACGUCCAACUGCCCAGGUUCAAGGUGGAAGAGAGCUACAGUCUUAACGACAGUCUCGCCCACCUCGGGGUGCAGGAUCUCUUUAGUAGCAGAAAGGCUGAUCUGUCUGGUAUAUCAGGAGCCAGAGAUCUUUCUGUGUCAAAGAUUAUACACAAGGCCUUUAUAGAUGUGAAUGAAGAGGGGACAGAGGCGGCAGCUGCCACAGCAGGCAUCGCUGUCUUUGCCAUGCUGAUGGAAGAGAUAAAUUUCUUUGUCAACCACCCUUUUAUCUUCAUUAUUAAGGAGAAGGCCACAAAUGCACCCCUGUUCAUUGGCAGGUUUGCCUCCCCCUAGAACAAGGAGACCCUGGAAAUACGAGGUCAAGCCUAGAGCUGGAGCUUUAUUCCUGAGCUAUUAAGGAUGCCAGUGUUUGUUUACCAGUAAAGGCAGCCAGAAAC